UGCCAUUACGCACGACUAUAAUAAGAAUGGGCCGCGAGUCUGCGUGACGUCACAUCUGCUUCUGUAUAAAUAAAGUGAGCGGCGACCACUGAAAGAAAGGCACGACUGCGGGAUUCCUGAACCAGGCAUCGUUGGAUUUAUUGGCAGCACCUAGACCUCUGUUUUAAGCAAUGACUUUGAACAAGAGCGACAAAUUGCGCAGCAUGGACAAGAGGAGAGGCAGCACGCCCUUCCCCGUGAACAUGGCCAACCUGCACCGCAGAAGCAUGCCGGUGGACGACAGGGACCUGCGCGCCACCGCCGUGGACCCGAGCGGACAAAACCACGAGCUGUCCAAGAUGCUGCGCUGCACCACCUACUCCCAGAACGAGCAGCACCGGGGCAGCUGCGCCUCCGACUCCUCGGACUCGGUCAUCUCCACCGGCAGCGAGGCCGACUCGCAGGUGCACAAGGUGGUUCUCCUCGGGGAGCACGGCGUGGGCAAGUCGAGCCUGGCGCGCGUCUUCGGCGGAGUUGAGGACGCUGCUCACGACUGUGACGAAGCAGGGAACUCCUAUGACAGAUCUAUUGUGGUGGAUGAGGAAGAAUCAGCUAUUGUGCUGUAUGACAUCUGGGAACAGGAUAACAGCCAGUGGCUAAAGGAGCAGUGCAUGAGGAUGGGUGACGCCUACAUCAUCGUGUACUCGGUGACGGACAAAUCAAGCUUCGAGAAGGCGUCGGAGUUGCGAAUUCAGCUGCGCAGGGCCAGACAGUCUGAAGAUAUUCCCAUAAUCCUUGUGGGCAAUAAGAGUGACCUGGUGAGGUCCAGAGAAGUGUCAGUUGAUGAGGGGAGUGCUUGUGCGAUGGUGUUUGACUGCAAGUUCAUAGAGACGUCGGCCUCCCUACACCACAACGUGCAGGACCUGUUUGAGGGCAUCGUUAGGCAAAUCCGCCUGAGGAAGGACAGCAAAGAGGAGAACGCUCGACGCAUGGCUAACUGCAGGCGGAGAGAGAGCAUCAGCAAGAAAGCCAAAAGAUUUCUGGGCCGCAUGGUUGCACGCAAAAACAAGAAGAUGGCUUUUAGGCAGAAGUCAAAGUCCUGCCAUGACCUCACAGUUCUUUGAGAACUACAUUGGACACAAAGACUUUCCAUCUUUUCUUGGCCUCGGAAGACCCAGCGCUGUGUGUUUUUUAUUUGAACACUAACUAAAAUGGACUAAUAGAGCUGUACAGAAAUAUAUUUUUGAUCUUCAGACACCAAAAGCAAAGUCUAUAGUAGAAGACAGACUUGACUUGUCAUAUCAUGUUAAUGGUGUUCACAUGCAUGAAGCUUUGCCUAUUUAUUUCAUUUUGUCUGCCUUAAUCCACAAAGGUUUUUUUUCUAUUAGAUUGCAAAGAUUUCCUUUUCUAUUUUACUGAAAGGGAUCAUCGAUGUUAAAAUAGUACCAUGAAUGAUGCUGAAUGCAACAUACAUACAUCUCAUUAUGCACACGGCCAUAAAGCAUCACAAGUAUUCUGGAGUAAUAUUCACUUGAAGGACGGUACGCAGGUUCGUGCCUCAGUCAAGUUAAAAGAACCUGCAGCAUUAAGAGAAACUAUUGCAGUUGUUCUUUAACACUGAGUUCAAUUUUUGAAGCGGUAUGCUGUAUUUGUCUUGUAGACAUUCAGGUUUUCUUUGUCUUCGAUAUAUAUUUUUUUUCAAUAAAUUUUCAAAUGAAAAUAUAAAACCUCUUAUUUCCUGCAGCGAAAAAAAAAAGAAACAAUGUUUUGGUUGAGUGAAAGUGAGUACUGUGAUUUUCACCCUCUUGAAUAUUCAUUUGAGGCUGUCAGCGGAAUGGUUGUGCUCUGGCUUUGGCUUUAUAGGCAGGAAACAUGGUAGUUAAGCGUGGGUAUUUGAAUUUGUUAAACAUUAAUCCGCUGAAGGAGUACAAGAGCAAGACUUUUUCCAGCCAAUUUUAAACUCCGCUCACACCUCUCAAAGGGACCACACACAUCAUUCCAAGAAGGUAAGGAUACAGCAAAAUAUUUCUUUAAAAGUGUUGUUUUUUUUUGUUUUUUUUAAUUGCACCUUAAAACACAAGAUGUAGGAAUAUUUUAGGAUAACCUUUACGAGCCUUUCAUGAAUUUUUGGUCAAAUGUAGCUUUCGUGAGUCUUGUGGUACUGCCGGUGAGGUGUCACUUUAAUGUUUCAUAGGUUACACAUCAGAAUGCAUGAAAUAAUACCAUGUUUGUGAUGCAGUAACAAGCGAGAUCUGUAGAUUCCUGUCUGAAGCCAUGUGGGUUUGAAAUGUUAUAACAUUUACAGGUAGUCAUCAUGGCUGAUAGCAGGGCUGGACCUGCGCUCAUAUUUGCUGUCACAGUAAGAUACUUACAGUACCCUGAUGCACCUUUAAAUACAUAAUUGUUCACCACAUGGAAAAGUAAAGGCUCAGUAAAUAAAAAAAAAAAUAAAAAUAAAAAAUAAACAUCA